UCAGUGCCCGCCGAGUGACUUACUGACCGCGUACGGAGUAAGAUAAUCGAUGCGCAUGCAGCAACUGGCAGGAUUCUAAAGGAACAAUGUGACUGGUCGGGAAUGACAGCCGUAAUCGCGCGGGGUUAAUGAUUUACGCGGGUAUGGACCGUUGCCGUACAUAAGGCAUGCACACCGGCACCAGUGGCACUGAAAGUAUAGCCUAUAUUACGGGGUGGCGGAUAUCAUUCUACUGUUCUGUGGCUUGUGCGCUCGUCUGUCUGUUUCUCAUCGCUUCUGUCCCAGCGUGUUAGUAAGGUGACCACUGAGAGCUCAUGUGGUACAGACACUUUUCCGCAGUGUCGUAACUCUAUCCUCUCGCUGCAGACCUUUAAAUACAUCUCCUAAAAACCUCACACAAGUCACGUGGUGUAAGGUGAGCGCUUUCCUGUCCUGCACACGGGCAGGGACAUCAGAGUGCGUGCUGCACUGCUUAAAACGGUACCGAAGAACCUUUCUGCUUAUUGGACAUUUAAAUAUACAAUUUCAAGACUUUUUGGUGCAAUUUAUCCAUAAGCGUCAAGAAGUGUUUCAAUUUUUUCUGUUCGCACAGCUUUUUUUCCCUCCUACUUUAGAACAUUGACAUGUUUUAUCAUUCUGUUACACAUCUGUCAACUGGGCGCCUGCAGUGAAUGGAGAACAUACUCACUCUUCUACCGAAGUAUCGGCAAGAUCUCACGCGCCUGGAGACGGGCCAAACACUUGACUUUAUCAACGCACGCGUUGAUGAGCUACUACAUUUGCUGUUAAUAUUUGAUUAUUUUGCCUUAAGAGACCACACACGAGUGUCCCUCUUCAACGUUAUUUAAUGGGAUAAAUUAACUCGGGAUCAGGUAAUUAACCGAUCAGGGGAACUCAGAACUUAGACCCAAUUGGGCUACUGUUUCCUUAUUUCUCAUCACGCCGAUUGUCCUCAAAGGCCUCCGCAUGGUACUUUGGUCGAAAGAACAAGACAAACUGCCCGACAUCGACAUGUCCUCCGGGGACAUAGAGAUGAAAAAGGAGGGGGCCCCAAUGCCACCGGGCUAUCUCAACUCCAACGGCUCCGUUCACCCGAUGAUCCUUACCGAGGACCCAGAGGAGAUGAAACAGGAGACCGGGGGCGAGAAUGAGCAGACGGAGGUGACCUCCUUCACUGACCGGACCGAUGAGCCAGGCGAGGAGGAACGGUCGGAGAUAGUGGUCAUAGACUGCCGAGCGAACGCCAAAGGCCAGCGCGAGGAAGACGCUUUACUGGAGAAUGCAAGCCAGAGCAAUGAGAGCGACGACAUCAGUACUGACCAGAGCCCUGAACCACCUGUACCGUUGAAGGAGACCUCCUUCUCCAUCGGGCUGCAGGUGGUGUUUCCGUUCCUGCUGGCUGGGUUCGGGACGGUGGCGGCAGGAAUGGUGCUAGAUAUUGUGCAGCACUGGACUGUGUUCACGGAGGUGACGGAGGUCUUCAUCCUGGUCCCUGCUCUGCUGGGGCUCAAGGGCAACCUGGAGAUGACACUAGCUUCCAGACUGUCCACAGCGGCGAACAUCGGUCAGAUGGACACAUCCAAGGACAUGUGGCAGAUGAUCAUGGGGAACCUCGCCCUCAUCCAGGUCCAGGCCACAGUGGUGGGGUUCCUCGCCUCCAUCGCUGCUGUGAUCUUUGGCUGGAUCCCGGAGGGCCAGUUCAGACUGGGCCACGCCGUGUUGCUUUGUGCCUCCAGUGUGGCGACAGCCUUCAUCGCUUCUCUGCUGCUAGGGCUGAUCAUGAUUGGUGUGAUCAUCGCAUCCAGGAAGGUUGGCAUCAACCCUGAUAAUGUAGCCACACCCAUCGCUGCCAGUCUGGGAGACCUGAUCACCCUCUCUCUGCUGGCUGGCAUCUCCACGGGCCUGUACAAGGAGCUAGACCUCAACAACUAUGCCAACCCGCUGGUGUGUGCUGUGUUUGUGGCCAUAACCCCUGUGUGGGUUCUGAUAGCCCGGCGGAUCCCGUCCACUCGAGAGGUGCUCUACUCUGGCUGGGAGCCUGUAAUCAUCGCCAUGGCGAUCAGCAGUGUGGGAGGCCUGAUUCUGGACAAAACGGUCUCCAACCCCAACUUUGCCGGCAUGGCUGUCUUCACCCCUGUCAUCAACGGCGUGGGCGGUAACCUGGUAGCGGUCCAGGCCAGUAGAAUCUCUACCUACCUGCACAUGAAUGGUCUACCUAUGGGUGACCCAAACGCUCCCCCCCGGAAGUGUCCCACCCCUUGCAUGUCCUUCUUUGGCUCCAGUGUGAACUCUCGUUCAGCUCGCGUGCUCUUCCUCCUGGUUGCCCCAGGACACCUGGUCUUCCUCUACACCAUCAACUCCAUGCGAGCAGGACACACCACUCUGACCUCCAUCUUUAUAGCCUUCUACAUGGCUGCUGCACUGCUGCAGGUGUUGAUCCUGCUGUACUUGGCUGACUGGAUGGUUCACUGGAUGUGGAGCAGGGGGAUGGACCCUGACAACUUCUCCAUCCCCUACCUGACCGCCCUGGGAGACCUGCUGGGCACUGGCUUCCUGGCGCUCUGCUUCCACAUCCUCUGGCUCAUCGGAGACAAAGACACCGAUGUGGGAGACUAGACAAACAGACGCACCGGGACAUGGACAACAGGACACCUGACACCGGGGAAGAGUCUCCAUCUGGCUCCUCUGCACACCAGCGUUGGGCAGGUAUCAGAUGAAAUCCUCUUCUGUUCUGUUCCGGGGCUCUGGUCGACGGUGGUGCCUUAUAAGGAGAAUAGAGUUGAAUUUGAGCCUGUCGGGGAACUCCUUUUCCCCUUCUGCAACGUCUGAACGACUUCAUCAGUGUGUCUGUUUCAGCCAUAGAACAACAGCAGCACUACGACCCCCAGCACGACGCCUCAACCCUCCCCCUCGUCCCCCCUCGUCCCCCUCCUCCCCACCCCUCCUCCCCACCCCCCGGUCUACACGACUCUCCCUUUGUAUCGCUACGUAACUGAGCUCCACUACUUUGGUUAUUAUUCUUAUCACUGUUCUGAUGGCGAUUAUUAUUGUUGCACUUGAUAUAAAUCAAUAUCAGUUCUGAUGUAGGGCAAAUCCUCAUUAUUUUAGAUGGGGAUGUCAGCCCACAGGCUAGUCACUCAGACAUGUUGCCUUUGUAAAGAUGAAAUCAACUUCUAACACUUGAAAUGACACAGACAGACAGCAAAAAACACACACACACACACACACACACUGAAGCCUAGUACGCUGAAUCACCAAGUGCUUUAUGUGUUUAGAGAUGUGCAUGAUGAUCUAUAAUGUGAUGUAAUAAUUGGAGGUGGGAGGUUAUGGGCACUGUGGGCCUUGGCUGGGGGGUGCAGUGGCAGCAGCACAACAGACCUAAAUCUCUUUAAAAUAACCCUUAUGUCUUAACUCAAGUUCAGCUGACUGCCCCUCAUGUUGCCCCACCCAGGACGCAAGAGCUGCCCCUGACCUCCGACCUGAAAUCAGAUCCUGCGUCCUGCAGUGCUGUAACUGCACUGCAUAAGAUUAGGGAAUGCUUCUCAACAGAGGUUGUUUUACAUAACAUUUGUAUUCAUAUAGCAGACACUUUGAUCCAAGGCGACAUACACAUGAUAUCGUAUAGGUCCUAUCUUCUGACCUUUCAAGAGGCCGUGCCUCCUGAAGGGUUAACAUUGGCCCUGGUACUUAACACACAUCAGCCUUUUGGUCGGGCCAUUUCUACAGAGAUCCCUGACCUCAGCAAUCAACAACAUCUCCUAGUUUCCAGUUCUGUCCUCCUGGAGCACGGGUCAGGGGGGCGGGGGGGAAACAUCUGAAAUGAGAUCUCUCUUCAAUGUUUACUGACUUGGCACAGCCAUUAUGGAGACAGUGAAACUAUGUGGUUAGUAUGUUUGUUUGGCCGAGUUUGGCUGUUGGGCCCACAACCGAGACUCAAACAGACACACUCAAGGGGUCAAGGGUCCCAUGUCUGUUAGGUCACAUGUCUGUUGGGUCACAGAAGUUGUGCUGUAAGGUCAGAGAGGUGAUAUAGCGACACAGGCUGUUUCCAGUUUAAUUGGUAUGUGUACAGUCAGUUCUGUAUUCACACUGUAAUUAGAAUGUAGAGGAAUGUGUUGCACAUAUGGAAUGGUUGGUGUAACAGAGAUGAUCACCUGCUGACCUCUUUGAAUAUCAUAAAUAGUAUGAUGGAUGUGCAAUUUUAUUGGAGGGGAACAUGACGGUCUUGAUUGGUUUGUGUGGACUGGCAGGUUCCAAAUGUGGUUAUCACCAUUGCAAUUGGUUGAGGAAAAAGCUGUCAUUGUUUUGGUCCAGUUCAGGUUCAGUGUUGUCUAUAUCACAUCCCAAGGGCUGCUCUGAAAGACCAUAAACCUGAACCACAUGCCCAGGGCAACCACCUACUGAACACUUUGUCGAUUGCAGAAUUAAAUGUUUAUGACUCAAAUCCAUUUAGAGUGUUGGCACCAGAGGCUGUAGGACAAACCAUAUAUCUGGUGCCAUGAUUGAUGAUAGCUUGUAUGUUUAGGCUUGCCAUAGAUGGUACAAACAGUUACAGCGUUCAUAAAAUAGCCUUUCAAUAUUGUUUUAUAAGUGUGAGCAUGGGUACACACAUAUGCACAUAGUGCCACAGUGCUUGCAUAUGCCAUAUGAACUGGCUCAAGUACUUUAAAAUAAAAUAAAAUGAUCUGUUGUGUCACAGUUAAGGAAGAGCGAAGAGGCUAUUAGAGAUUACAGCACACAGCCAUACUGUCAGUGAAGCCUGUCUCUCUGAGGCAGAGCUUCGUUUCGCGUUUCUAUGCAUUUUAAGGGGCCAGCAGAAUGCAUGUGCAGGGCACAUAAAUUGAAAAUGCAAAAGUUGUCCAUUCAGAAUGACUUUUCAAAAAAUUGUGAUGUUAGAUGUGGCACAUUUUACAAAAUGGAAGUUGGAAUUUAUGUGAUUAUUUGCAUUAAAAAUAGAUUUAAUUUUAUUUUACUUUUCAUUGACUUUUUUCCUUAAAUAUUUUGUGAAUGUCAUUUGUAAUAAUUUGUUUCUGUGAAUUAAAUGUGCAACUGUAGAAAGAUGCAACAAGGAUUAAUCAGUAGACUUGUGCAAAGAACCCUAAUGUAUAACAGACACCAGAGGGCGCCACUCAUAUAAUUUUACUGAUUUAACUCAGUGGUAAAACACCUCUUAUUCUCUGCAUCCAGUCUUCAAAAGUAUGUUCUCUGAACUUGGCUUCAACUUGUACCCUACACUCGAGAAUUCUUAAUUCUAUGACUUUUAUCCUUGAUUCUAGAAGCUGUGUGCAACAUGGUUGUAUCUGUAUCAUUCAUUCUAGAACCUAUAUCCAUGAGUCUAGAACCUGUAUUCAAGACCCACAUGCCUUGGACUCUAAAACGUGUAUCUUUAAUUCUAGAACCUAUAUCUUAUAUUUUAGAACAAAACCUGUAUUCCACUCUCUGCUGUCUUACUGACCAGGUGCCAAGUGUUUGGCCUCCGCAGGAUUGAAAGUUGUGAAUACUUUUUUGGGAUGAAGUAACGCUUUGUCUAUUUAUUUUUAGAUGCACACAAAGCAAAUUGUACAUAUUAUAUAUUUAUUCUAUAAAAAGGUGUUUAUUUUUCAUUUGAUUUUGGCUCUGUUUUGUUUUUGUAAUUAUUACACUUUUUUCUUUUCUCCUGUAUAUUUUUUUCACUCUUUUCUUUCUUUUCUGCAAUGGGCCAGUAGAGAUUUGGCGCAAGCUGCAGUGGAUUGGCAGUGAAGCUAACAUUUAGCAUAGUGCCUAAUAUGUGACAAACUACACACCUCACAACCCCUGCAACAAGCAUGGGAGCCUGCUAAGACAGAAACGCCUUAACCUAUCAGAGCCAAGCUCAACUUGAGAGUAACCAAUCAGGAGCUAGGCUCAACACAGAGUAGCAUCUCUAAAAUUAGCUUUGAUUAAUAACUGAUUCAGAUUGAUUAUGUUGUAAUUUAAUACUGUCUGAAGGAGUGUGACCUAGAAGAGAGAGUCUGUCAUGGCUACAUAGCCCUCUAUUUAGAACAAGGAUGAGUCAAUAUUGUAAAUCGAGGGCUCUGCCUAUGUCUGAAUCAACCAACAUGGAGGUUCAGAGAGGAAAACAGACAGAUUAUCUUUAUAACUCACACCUUCCCCUCCUUCAGUAUUGCCCUCAGUGCUUCCAUCUAGACCCCCCAACCCCACUCGGAACACAGCUGACUCUUGGCUAGGAGACACAUGCUGCAGCUGGCUGGAGACCCCUACUGGACAUAACAUGAACAACCGUACCUUGACACAAUGAGAUGUUUUAGUAGUGUAUCCAUGUCUAUCCAGCUGCCUCUAUUAAACACACACACACAUAGAGGAAACAUACAGAAGCACACUCAUAGAAACCUCCUGAGGUCAGCGUGCUCCAUAUGUGGACUCCCUGUCCCCCCCACCCUCACCUUCUCUUCUCCAUGGUAACAGUAGCGAGGGUCCCUCCCUGCAGGAUUUUGUAUAUUGCUGGAAAUAAAGGACUAUAUUCUUUCGUACCACU